AUUCUGCGUGUAUCUCUGGCGACUUAUAACUGAUGUGAAUGUAUGUCUCUGUGCGCAGGUACUGCAACAAAUGUAUACCAGGAAGAAAAUGUGGGAACCACCAUGUCAUUCCAUAAAACAUUUCCUCGGCGUCCUACCAACUUAAUCCACCUGCCGCCACUUAAUCUCCCGAAGAAUGCUCUUAGUGAAAAACCGAAAAUCUUAGAUCGAGGUUCAUUUACCCAAGCAGCUCCAGUCAAAGAACAAAAGGAACACCGCAGAGUGAGCGAUGCUAUUGCUAACAACUAUAGUCCCAGAGCGAGUCACUUGACCACAUCUUUAAUCUAUGAAACGACAAAAUAUGGUUUUACUCUUGAAGAAAUGCAUAUGUUUUGUCCGCGAGCCCAAUUUGAGAAAACAGCCACUGUGACAACUGAUCAAAAAUAUCCGCUUUCUAAAAUAAUCAGAACACCUUCAGAACUGUCACACGAGGGAACAUCUUUAACUAAAUCUACUCAUAUCUCAGAAUUCCAUAGCAUUCCAUCAACUAUCCAAAGUACGCCACCUCGCAAAGUGGAAUCGUCAGCAAACAGUAGUCACUCAGUUCAGAAAAGAGAAUAUAGUGAAUUCGAAAAACGAAUAUUAGAUGUUCAAUUUUACUCCAAGAAUUAUUUGAGCGAGGGCUUGCCUCGGUCUGGCACACCUAUCGGGACAGAUCUGACCAGGUAUUACAAUCUCAUGGCGAAGGCAAUUGACUCAGAUUUUAUCACUCCACUCACCAUAGAGUUUCUCGAACAUACACAGCAUUUUAGUAGUAACGAUACACUUUUGACGGCUUUUCCAAAACUAACCAAUCAACUCCUAAAGGAGAUUGACGAAGAUUACACUGAAGCAAUCAAGAAAGCCAUUCUAGAUUACAUACUUCUGGACCCAUCAGAGCAAGUUCGGUUAGGUGUAUAUAUACAGCCUCAGGUUUUGAGUUGUAUGAAACAUGAACGUUUUCCUUGGCAUAAUUCAGUCACUGAAGCACGAAACUUUCUGAAGUAUAAUCUGUUUAUAACUCAUCCAGUCAACACAGCCAUCUUGUACAACUUUCAACAUAAGUAUAGUACGUAUCGUCUGUUGUCAAUUGAUACCCUCAAGCAGUUCCUUCCCAUGACAAUCGAGGAACUAGUCAUCUACGUUAAAGAAACAGUGAGAAGAAACGCCAAAAAUCUCCAAGAAACAUGGUUGUCAGAAUGUGCUUCCAUCAUCGAUAGCCGCAGAGAGGAUGUAGAAGGACGGUUUCUUAAAGACAGAACUGAUAGUCGACUUGAUUACAUGGACAAAUUCUUCUCAAGCGUCGCCUCUCUGAUGUCCAACCUUCUCCGAACAUGUGUCCAGGAUUCACUAUCAGAGUUGUUGACUUUGAUAGAAUGUUAUAUGGAUGGCAAUGAUUACAGUGGACAGUAUAAUAUUAUGACUGGACUCGGGCUUCCUACAAAGAUGCACGUGCUAAAAAUAUCUCUGAACACUGAUGUCCCGAAUGCGUCAACCAAAUUUGAGCCGUCUUUCGAUGCGAUACAACACCAUCUUUCUGAUAUUGUCGAUGUUAUUGUCACCAGUACAAGCCAUUUCCCUUGUAUUGAACAUUGUUUGUUCCAUUCUGUUGAGAAUCUUCCAACAAAUUAUAUUAGAUCAGUCGGUCAAAAUGAACAACUAGUUUUGAAUAUGAAACAGAAGAUACAAAACGUCAUCAAUAAAAAUAUAUGUGGACCAACCAGGUACCUGAGUACAUAUACUCCCUUCUACUAUCUCAUUGACACAAAGACGAGUGAUUGGACAAAUGAAUUCAUUAAUGAAGAUCACUCCCUACAAGAAUACUCCGAUAUCUUGGACAACAUUCUAAGAUUACGUAAACAGGUAUUCCUGCUACCUACCAUAAUGCCAAUGAAUAUGUUUCUACUGGAAGCUGAUCAAAUUAACCAGCUUCUCAUCAACCAAGCUGAUUAUUUAGUGACCACAUUGUGCAAUAAAGUGAUUAGUGACAGUCAGCUUUUCUAUCGCUCCAUCUGUAAACAGUACGAUCAGAUAGUAGAAACUAUCACAAGACACGUGACCGCUACAUCGGAACUUGUGGCUUUACAGAAGUACAUUGAUGGGCUCAGUUGUGGUGAGCUGUUAGCACUAAAAGAGAAACAGGAAGUAGCUGCUGCUAAUGUGAUGUUCAUGAUGACAUAUGUCGUAAUGAAGAGAGAAGAUUUCUUAUUGAUCAACAAUACCUUCAGCUGGUCUAACCGUAUUACACCAAUAAUCUCCAAUAUUGAAAAUCAACUUCAAAAACAACAUGAUUUAGCAGUAGAAAAGCUGAAUGGUUGGCGUAAACGGAUUCUAGACAGUGUGAGUGGCUUAUCUAAAAAGCUGAAAGAAUUUGCAACUAAAGACAGAAUGUCAGAAGCUCAACAGAUUUUAGCAGAGAUUCGUAUCAUUGAAAAUCAAUUGGAAGUUUUGAAAAAAGAGAAACAGAAUAUUAAUGAAGAAGAGAUGAUGCUGGGAUUGGAAGAAAUCAGUGAGUUUGAACAGGUGCAAUUUCUAGCAACAGCAGUUGAACCUUAUGAAAGGCUUUGGUCAAAUGCUGUCAAACUACAAACACAAUAUGAAUGUUGGAUGAAUGGGCCGUUGUUGAACGUCAAUUCUGAAGAAGUGGAUCAAGAGAUUCAGACUUUAUGGAGGAUUGCUUACAAAUUAACCCAAGUUUUUAAUCACCCAGACAAGAAAGGACCAUUUAAAGCUGCCAGAGCCAUGAAAAACAGAUUGGAGAAAUUUAAAAUAAAUAUACCGCUUGUGAAAGCACUCUGUAACCCUGGUAUAAAAACUAGGCACUGGAAGAUGAUGAGUGAAAAGGUUGGCUUUGAUAUCACACCACAGGAAGAUACACCUUUAUCUGAGAUCUUGAAACUGGACCUUGAAAGGUACUUAGAUGAACUGUCAGCCAUAAGCUCUCAAGCUAAUAAAGAAUUUGCUUUAGAAAAGGCAUUAUCUAAAAUGAAGGAUGAUUGGGAAAACAUGGCAUUCAACUUCAGUCCUUACAAGGACACAGAACUAUUUAUACUAUCAGCUUUUGAUGACAUCCAGGCUCUUCUUGAUGAUCAUAUUGUUAAAACUACAACAAUGAAAGGUUCAGCAUUUGUUGGACCUUUUGAAAAGGAGAUUAAGGAAUGGGGUUAUAAUCUUAAUCGUAUGAAAGAUAUCCUGGAAUCUUGGCUGAAGGUUCAGUCUGCCUGGUUGUACUUGGAACCAAUAUUUGGAUCGGCAGAUAUCAGAGAGCAAAUUCCUGUACAGGGUAAAAUGUUUGAAGAAGUUGACCAAAACUGGAAACAGAUCAUGUCAACUGCUAAGCAGAGUCACAAGGCUCUAACUGUUGCUUCCCAGGACCAGAUGCUUGAAAAGCUACAAUAUUCAGUGACUUUACUAGAAGACAUACAGUGUGGACUAAAUGAUUAUCUGGAGAAAAAGAGACUAUUUUUCCCAAGGUUCUUCUUCUUAUCUAAUGAUGAACUUCUCGAAAUUCUCUCUGAAACGAAAGACCCUUUACGUGUGCAGCCUCAUUUGAAGAAAUGUUUCGAAAGCAUUGCCCAGUUGGUUUUCACUCCUGAAAAAGUUAUUGUAGCCAUGGAAUCAUCUGAAAAGGAAAGGGUGAAUUUCUGUACCAAUAUUGUCCCAUCAGAAGCACAUGGGCUUGUUGAAAAAUGGCUUCAACAAGUAGAGCAUGCAAUGAAACUAAGUCUGAGACAAGAAAUGGUUAAAGCUGUGGAGAGUUAUAGUCAUAAUCAUCGAAACAAAUGGGUUUUAAUGUGGCCUGGACAGAUUGUGCUGGCAGCCAGCCAGGUACAUUGGACAGCUGAAAUUACAAAGGCCAUCGAAAAGGGGUCAAUCCAGCAAUAUGUGGAGGAAAGGCAGCAUCAGAUUGAAGAAAUUGUGGAAAUUGUUCGUGGUAAUAUUUCAAAAAUGGCCAGAAUCACUCUUGGAGCUCUCAUUGUCAUUGAUGUUCAUGCUCGAGAUAUUGAGUCCCAGUUAAUCCGUUCUCAAGUAAGUAAUGUACAAGACUUUAACUGGAUUAGCCAUUUGCGGUACUACUUUGAAGACCAGUCUGUAAUAGUCCGAAUGGUGACCACCUCAGUUGCAUAUGCCUAUGAAUAUCUGGGGAAUUCAAGCCGUCUCGUAAUCACACCACUUACAGACAGGUGUUACAGAACCCUUAUGUGUGCCAUCAGAUUAAAUUUGGGUGGAGCACCUGAAGGACCUGCUGGAACGGGGAAAACAGAAACAUCAAAAGAUUUAGCAAAAGCAGUUGCAAAACAGUGUGUUGUCUUUAACUGCUCAGACAGUCUGGACUAUAAAGCUAUGGGCAAAUUUUUUAAAGGUCUGGCACAGUCUGGUGCCUGGGCAUGUUUUGAUGAAUUUAACAGAAUAGAAUUGGAGGUAUUAUCUGUGAUUGCUCAACAAUUACAAACUAUCCAGCGUGCUAUAAUAGAACAACGGAAUAUGUUUGUCUUUGAAGGGACAUAUAUAUCUCUUGAUCCUACUUGUACAAUCUUCAUCACAAUGAAUCCUGGAUAUGCAGGUCGGGCAGAGCUGCCAGACAAUCUGAAAGUAUUGUUUCGUACUGUGGCCAUGAUGGUACCUGACUAUGCCAUGAUUUCAGAAAUCCUCCUAUAUUCAAUGGGCUUUGUUGAUGCCAAAAAUCUUUCAACAAAGAUUGUUGCUACCUACAAACUCUGCUCAGAACAGCUCUCCACACAACAGCAUUAUGAUUAUGGAAUGAGAGCUGUGAGGUCUGUAUUGACAGCUGUGGGUAACCUCAAGCUGAUGUACCCAGACCGAAGUGAAGCACUUUUGGUCUUAAAAUCAAUCAAAGAUGUCAACUUGCCAAAAUUCCUUUCUCAAGAUAUCACAUUAUUUGAAGGAAUAAUAUCAGAUCUGUUCCCAGGAUUAGAAUUACCUCAGAGUGAAUACAGUCAUUUAGAGAUGGCAAUAAAGAGGACUUUAGACAUAAGGAACCUGCAGCCUGUACCUUGGUAUAUUGAAAAAAUAAUCCAGAUAUACAAUAUGAUCUUGGUACGCCAUGGUUUAAUGAUUGUUGGGGAACCUAUAGCUGGCAAGACCUGUGCCUAUAAGGUACUGGCUGAUGCACUUGGAGAGCUUUCUCAACAAAAUCUUAUGGAUGAGAAUCAGGUUGACUACCAAAUUAUUAACCCGAAAGCCAUAACAAUGGGUCAGCUGUAUGGUAGAUGUGACCCAAUCACUAAUGAAUGGACUGAUGGAGUUCUGGCCAACAGCUUCAGAGAACAUGCUUCAAGCACAUCAAAAAACCGUAAAUGGAUGGUGUUUGAUGGUCCUGUUGAUGCUAUUUGGAUUGAAAAUAUGAACACAGUCCUAGAUGACAACAAGAAGCUCUGUCUCAUGAGUGGGGAAAUAAUACAGAUGAGCAGCAAACAGAAUAUGAUAUUUGAAGUGUGUCACCUUGAACAGGCAUCUCCUGCCACUGUUAGCAGAUGUGGUAUGAUUUAUAUGGAUGCACUUCAACUGGGAUGGAACACCUUAGUGAAAUCUUGGAUGCAGAAAACUUUGAAAGAUUUUACUAAAGGAGAAAAGAACACAAUAGAAUAUCUUUUCAAUUGGCUGCUUCCUAGUAGUUUGGACUAUGUUACCAAACACUGCACUCAGAUCGUACCUUGUCAAUACAUGCACCUGGUCCUUAACAUGUUGAAACUGUAUGAAUGUCUUCUUGAAGAAAUCAGACAUAUCGGAGGUCCACAAGAUGAGAUGGUUAAUGUUGAUGAUAUAGCAGGAUUUUCAGUAAUUCAAGAAAAACUAGCUGAAGAAAAAUCUAACAUGAUUAUUACCCACUUCUUGUUUGCAUUGGUCUGGUCAUUAUCAGCAACUUUGACCUUUGAUUCAAGUCUCAAGUUUCAAGAGUUCUUCCACAAGUUAUGUGAAACUGAAAGUAUAAAUGCAAGGCCUAAAGAAAUGAAAUUCUCUCGAAGUCUCUUAAUCCCUAAGAAAGGAUCCAUUUAUGAUUAUAUUUAUAUGAAGAAGCAAUAUGGAUCUUGGAGGACUUGGGAAAGUCUUGUAGAUCCAACAAUCAUUACAGGGAAAACAAAGAUGAACAAAGUUCUAGUGAAUACAAAAGAGACUGAAAAACAGAAUUUCUUUUUGAGGCUCUUCUUCAAUCAAGGAAAGCCUUUACUAUUUGUUGGCCCUACAGGAACAGGAAAAAGCUCUGUUAUCAAUAGCUUUCUUUUGAAACUGAAUAAAGACUCCUACAUAACAUGCAACAUCAACUUCUCAGCACAAACUUCAGCCAAUCAGACUCAAGAUAUCAUUGUCUCCAAACUAGAAAGGAGGUGUAAAGGAGUCUAUGGUCCUUCAGCAGAGAAAACAUUGUGUGUGUUUGUUGAUGAUUUAAAUAUGCCAGCUCUUGAAAAAUUUGGUGCUCAACCUCCAAUAGAACUACUGAGACAGUGGUUAGACCAUGGAUUCUGGUAUGAUAGGAAAGACACUACUAUGUUUGAGUUAAUUAAUGUAAAAAUAUUGUCAGCGAUGGCACCAACGAGUGGAGGCCGCAAUCCAAUAACCACACGUUUCCUGCGUCACUUCAACAUCAUCCAUAUUGAUGCAUUCUCAGAAGAUAUUCUAAAGGAAAUUUUUUCACCAAUGACCGAAUGGCAUUUCAGACAAUUCCCUGUAUCUUUGCGCCGAUUCUCACGGAUCAUUAUUCAUGCCACACUGGACAUCUACAAGAAAGUUGUUACCAAGUUUUUACCUACUCCUUCAAAAUCUCAUUAUGUCUUCAACCUUCGAGAUUUUGCACGUGUCAUACAGGGUAUUCUCCUAUUUUCCCCACAGUCUGUCUCAGAAGAUCCAGAAUGCAUUCAUAAAAUCAUUCGCUUGUGGACACAUGAGACUUAUCGCUUGUUUUCAGACCGUCUUGUUGAUCAGGCUGACCAAGAGUCUUUCUUUAAAAUUCUUAAGUUAUCUAUUGAAGCCCAAUUCAAAGAAAAGUUCAACUCUGUGUUUGGACAUUUGGCCCCUAAAGGGAAACAAGUCACCCCAAAAGACAUGAGGUGUUUAAUAUUUGGAGAUUUCAUGGAGCCUAAAGAAGGUAGUGUCAGGUUGUAUGAUGAGAUUAGUGACCAGGAUGAGUUGAGGCAGGUAAUUGAGAAAUACCUGGCUGAUUACAAUUUGAUGAGUAAAACUCCAAUGGAUCUGGUCAUGUUUCAUUUGGCUGUUGAGCACAUUACAAGGAUCAACAGAGUUUUGAAGCAACCCAACGGUCACUGUUUACUCAUUGGAAUUGGUGGAACAGGCAGACAGAGUGCCACACGACUGGCAGCAUUCAUUGCAGAAUUUGAACUUAUCCAAAUAGAGAUGGGCAAAGAUUAUUCAACAGCUGAAUGGAGAGAAGACCUAAUGAAAAUUAUUCGAAAAUCUGGUGAAGAUAGUACUCCACUUGUCUUCUUUUUGGGAGAUUAUCAGAUCAAGGAUCCAUCAUUUCUGGAAGACAUUAAUAUGUUGCUGAAUACUGGUGAUAUUCCUAACCUUUAUGAUAAUGAACAACGACUGGAAAUUAUUGAAAAGAUGCAACAGCUGACACUUCAAGAGAAUAUAACCAUUGAAUUUACUUCCUUGAAUAUGUUCAACAAAUUUAUUGAGCGCGUUCGUCAAAAUCUGCAUAUUGUGUUAGCCUUCAGCCCAAUUGGAGAAGCAUUUCGCAACAGACUCAGAAUGUACCCUUCGCUUAUCAACUGCUGCACAAUAGAUUGGUUUGAGCAAUGGCCAGAUGAUGCCUUACAACUGGUUGCUAACAAAUUACUAGAUGAUGUGGAGAUGCAUGAAGAUUUGAGACAACAAUCAGUUGAGAUGUGCAAACACUUCCACAUCAGUGUGAGAGCACUAACGACAAAGUACUAUGAAGCUCUCAACCAUCAGAAUUAUGUGACACCAACAUCUUAUCUGGAAUUAAUUCGGACAUUUAAGACACUCCUUAGUCAGAAAAGAAUGGAAAUUCUGACACUAAAGAACCGAUAUGUUGUUGGAUUGGAGAAACUGGAAUUUUCAAAGUUUCAGAUCAACAUCAUGCAGAAAGAGCUGUUUGCUCUCCAGCCACAGCUACUAGAAACUAGCAAGGAGACAGUGGAGCUGAUAAAAACCAUAGAGAAGGAGAGGCAUGAGGUGGAAGCUGCUAAACAACUUGUAGAGCAAGAUGAAGCUGUUGCUAACAAAGCAGCUACGGAAGCACAGUCUAUCAAGAAUGAAUGUGAAGAAAAGCUGAAGCUAGCCAUGCCUGCCUUUAACACUGCUGUUGCAGCACUACAUACACUGAAACAAAAUGAUAUCACUAUUGUGAAAGCAAUGACAAACCCACCUCAAGGAGUAAAACUGGUGAUGGCAGCAGUGUGCACAAUGAAGGGAAUCAAGCCUGAUAAGAAAACAGACCAGAAUGGUAAAAUAGUAGAAGAUUACUGGGCUGCAUCAAAGAAGAUGCUUAGUGACAUGAAAUUCUUGGAUUCACUGAGAGACUAUGACAAAGACAACAUUCCUCCAGCAAUAAUUAACAAGAUCCGUGAGAAGUAUAUCUCUAACAAAGAAUUUGAUCCUUCAAUAAUCAAAAAUGUCUCCUCUGCCUGUGAAGGUUUGUGUAAGUGGGUGAAGGCAAUCGAUGUUUACGACAGUGUCAUUAAGUUUGUAGCACCCAAGAAAGAAAGUUUAGCAGUAGCUGAGACAUUUCUUAAAGAACAAAUGGGUGAACUUGGAAAGAAACAGAAAGAACUGAAAGAUGUGAAGGCUAAACUGGAUUCUUUGAAACAAAACUUACACAAAAAACAACAAGAGAAAAAGAAUCUGGAAUUCAACAUAGAACUGACAAAAGUGAAACUUGAAAGAGCAGAGAAACUUAUAAAUGGCCUUGGUGGUGAACAUGACCGGUGGAUACAGGCAGUAGACAGUUUAACGAACACAUAUGAUAACAUAAUUGGAGAUGUCCUGCUGUCAGCAUCUGUGGUGGCCUACCUUGGUCCUUUCAUCUCUUCUUACAGACAGGAAUGUCUCCAAGAAUGGUAUAAAUGUUGCAAGAAGAGAGGGAUUCCUCUUUCAGCUCAGUUCUCUUUGUCCAAAACUUUAGGAAACCCUUUGAAAAUCAGAGAAUGGCAAAUUGCUGGUUUACCUGUUGACAGCUUCUCAGUAGAGAAUGGUAUCAUUGUGGACAACUGUGGGAGAUGGCCAUUAAUAAUUGACCCACAAGGUCAAGCCAACAAAUGGAUAAAGAACAUGGAAUGUCACAACAAACUUCAAGUCACCAAACACACUGAUGCUAAUUAUGGCCGGAUUAUAGAGAACUGCUUACAGUUUGGUUGUCCAUGUCUAUUAGAAAAUGUUGGAGAAGAACUUGAUCCACUUUUAGAACCAAUUCUUCUGAAGCAGACUUUCAAGCAGAGAGGAGUUGACUAUAUAAGGUUUAGAGACCGUGUUGUGGAAUACAGUAAAGAUUUCAGGCUUUACCUAACAACUUGCUUGCGAAAUCCACACUACUUACCAGAGGUUUCUCUCAAGGUAACCCUGAUCAAUUUUGUCAUUACUCCAAAUGGACUUGAAGACCAGUUACUUGGUAUUGUGGCUGCUCGUGAAAAACCUGACCUGGAGGAGAAAAAGAACCAAUUAAUUAUUGAAAGCGCUCAAAAUAAAAGACAACUGAAAGAGAUUGAAGACAAGAUCUUGGAUGUCCUCUCUAAUUCACAGGGAAAUAUUCUUGAGGAUGAAACAGCCAUUCAGGUCCUUUCAUCAAGUAAAACCCUUUCUGAAGACAUAGAAGAGAAACAAUUGACGGCAUCACUUACAGAACUUGAUAUAGAUGAAGUCAGGAAUGGAUAUAAACCGGUGGCUAGACAUGGAAGCAUUUUGUUCUUCACCAUAUCAGACCUAGCCAAUAUAGACCCCAUGUACCAAUAUUCUCUCACCUGGUUUAUUCACUUAUAUCAUCAGGCAAUCACCAACAGUGAACCCUCGCAGAUCCUGAGUGAAAGAAUAAACUAUCUCAAUGAUUAUUUCACCCGCAGUGUCCAUAACAAUGUGUGUAGGUCUCUGUUUGAAAAGGAUAAAUUGCUCUUCACAUUUUUACUUUGUAUUGGAUUAGCAAAAGCACAGGACCUAAUUGACGAUUUAGAAUGGAGAUUUUUAUUGACUGGUGGACUUGCUCUUGAAAACCCUUAUAGUAACCCGGCUUCAGAUUGGCUACCUGAGAAAAACUGGUCAGAAAUUGUACGAUGUUCUCAGUUAUCUUCUUUACAAACAUUCAGGGAACAUUUUACAAACCAUUUGCAAGAAUGGAAAGCAGUCUAUGACUCCCCACAACCACACCAAAUGAAAUACCCAUCUCUCUCUGGAGAGGAACUGACACAGCUUCAAGAACUCUUAGUUCUCCGUUGUCUUCGUCCUGAUAAGAUGAUCCCAGCUAUACAAAAGUUCAUUCAACAGAGGAUGGGUCAGGCUUACAUUGAACCAACCACAUUUGAUCUGUCAAUCAGCUACGAAGAGUCCAGCCCACAGACCCCACUCAUAUUUAUACUGUCCCCUGGAGUGGACCCUAUGGCAGCACUCUUCAGAUUUGCUGAAGACAAAGGAAGAAGUAAAGGGCUCCAAACCGUCUCUCUUGGGCAAGGACAGGGACCAAUUGCUGAACAAAGAAUAUUAGAGGCUACAGAACAAGGUACCUGGGUUGUCUUGCAGAACUGUCACCUGGCUGUUUCCUGGUUUGGACAAUUGGAAAACAUCUGUGAAACAGUCCUCCAAAACCCAGCACACACAAAAGAAAGUUUCAGACUCUGGCUGACAACAUACCCAUCAUCACAGUUCCCUGUCUCUGUGCUACAGAACAGCAUCAAAAUCAUCAAUGAGCCACCAAAGGGUCUGAGGGCAAAACUGUUGCAGUCAUAUUUAAGCAGUCCUAUAGCAGAACAGCAAUUCUUUGAGUCUUGCAACAAACCACAGGUGUUUAAGAAACUUUUGUUUGGCCUCUGUUUCUUCCAUGCCCUGGUACAAGAGCGACGCAAGUUUGGAGCCCUUGGCUGGAAUAUUCCAUACCAGUUCAAUGAAUCUGAUCUCAAUGUUUCUAUACAGCAGUUGCAGAUGUUGAUCAAUGACUAUGAAGAUCCCCCAUUGGAAGCCCUGGUUUACCUGACAGGUGAAUGCAACUAUGGUGGUCGAGUGACUGACAACAGUGACCGACGCCUUAUUAUGAGUCUACUCAAGAAGUUCUACUGCCAUGACAUUAUUGUGAAUGAUGACUAUAAAUUCUCUGAGAGUGGCUUAUAUUAUGCUCCACCCUGUGGCAGUUUGGACUGUUACCUGGAAUACAUCCGUGGGCUUCCUUAUAUACCACAUCCUGAGGUAUUUGGUCUACAUGAAAAUGCUGACAUUUCUAAAGACCAGCAAGAAACACAGCAACUAUUUGAGGGUGUUCUCAAGACACUUCCAAAGCAGACAUUGGGUGCUGGGAAGUCAUCUCAAGAUAUCAUAGAAGACUUGGCCAGUGAUAUCCUCUCCAAAAUGCCAGCUGCAUUUGAAGUUGAAGAAAUUCAGAAGAAGUAUGCAGUCAGUUAUCAUGAAUCAAUGAAUACAGUACUGGUGCAAGAGUUGUUACGCUUUAACAGGUUACUAAAAGUGAUCAUAUGGAGUCUGGAGGAGAUUCAGAAAGCUAUCUACGGCUUAGUAGUGAUGUCAGCCAAAUUGGAGAGGAUUGUUAACAGUAUGAUUGUCGGCAAGGUUCCAGCAGUGUGGGCAGAAAAAUCUUACCCUUCUUUGAAGCCUCUGGGGAGUUAUGUUUCAGACCUUCUUGCACGAAUACAAUUCUUCAAUCAUUGGAUAUCUGAAGGUCAGCCAACAGUCUUCUGGAUAUCUGGUUUUUAUUUCACUCAGUCUUUCCUGAUGGGAGUCAUGCAAAACUAUGCCCGGUCUCAUAAAAUCCCCAUUGAUCACCUGACACUCAGCUUCAAGAUCAUGAAACAAGAACAUGAAAUGCCCAGUAAACCAAUAACAGGGGCUUACAUCAAUGGUUUGUUCCUAGAAGGAGCACAUUGGUGUCGACAGACUGGAAUCCUUGCAGAAGCACUACCAAAAGUUCUUUAUGAUUUGAUGCCAAUUAUUUGGAUAAAACCAGUAAAGAAGGAAGAAUUUCAUGCGGAAGAAAACUAUCAAUGUCCAGUUUAUAAGACAAGUGCAAGACGAGGUAAUUUAUCUACAACUGGACAUUCUACCAAUUAUGUGCUGACCAUACAACUACCAAGCAACAGAGAUGAGGAUUACUGGAUAAACCAAGGAGUUGCUUUGCUUUGUCAACUUGAUAAUUAACUCCAGUCAGAUAGAAUGGAUUGAUGAAAUACUAAAACCACUUUCAGCUUAUAUCUACAACACCAACUGAGCAAGAAAAACUCAUAGAAAGGUAACAAAUGACCAAGCUAAUGCUUCCCAGAAUUACAGCAUGAAAAGUUUGAAAGAAAUUUACCAUAUUUACUCAUGUAUAAAUUGCAGCAUUAAUUAAUAUUAAAUCUUCAUGCAAGAGGUUUCCCCUUCAUUGUUUUAGCUUUGCCCCAUGUACAAGUCACACCCAAAUUUGCCAUUUGAAAUCAAGUAUAAAAUAGUGCGGCUUACGCAAGAGUAAACUAAACAAACACACAUGGAAAUUAAAUGCUAACUCCCUAAACAUAUACCUUUGUCGAAGUGGUGAAUACCACAAAACAGAAAUCCAAUUUCAAUUCCUGCAUGGAAUUGCUUCACCAUUAUAAUUGUGCAGAGGGAAAGUAUAAAUAACAAAACUUCCUAUUAAUUCUCAGCUACAAAUUUGAGAUAUGAAACCUAUAAUAAUAACUUAUUAUAAAUAAAAUUUCAUUGCUAUUUUCAUCCAAUGUAUACUAUCAUCUACUUUCAGAUAUUAAUUCACAAU